GUGUGAGUUGGUUAUACAGUAUUAGAGAGAGAGAGAGAUAGAGAUGGGGGAGAUUGUUGAAGAGGAGGAGAUACAGUGGUUGUCUUCUUUGGGUUCAGCUUCAUCUUCAUCUUCAUCAACAACAAUGCCUCUACUGUCUUUGAAUCAUGUCUCAUUUGUUUGCAAGUCUGUGAGCAAGUCUGUCAGGUUCUACGAAGAUGUCUUGGGAUUUGUACUCAUCAAACGCCCUUCCUCCUUCGACUUUGAAGGAGCUUGGUUGUUCAAGUAUGGUAUUGGCAUACAUUUGCUUGAGUCAGACAAUGUCCCAACAAAGAAGGGGACAAUAAAUCCAAAAGACAACCACAUUUCAUUCCAAUGCUCAGACAUGAAGGUCCUUAUGCAGAAGCUGGAGGAGAUGAAUAUAGAGUACGUUACAGCAGUGGUGGAAGAAGGUGGAAUCACAGUUGAUCAGCUCUUCUUCCAUGACCCUGAUGGAUACAUGAUUGAAAUAUGCAAUUGUCAAAAUCUCCCUGUUCUUCCACUUUCAUCAUGCCCUCUCAAGCUACCAAAAACUACUACUAAGAUCAGCAUGUCCUUUCCAUUUUAUGGCAAGGGAAGUAGAGAGGUGCAAUGCUCUAGACGAGCUGAGGCAUUGAUGAUGGAGAACUUAAUGGUGGAUAUGAUGAACAUUUCUUUUUAAAAGAUUGCUUAGGAGUGAUUGAUGCAAUUUUCCCAAAAGCUUUUUCACGAAAUUGUUGUUUGUGUACGUUGUGUAAAGAAAGGGUUAAACUGUUAAAGCUUUGUAGUGUGAGAAAAGUGAACAGACAGUCUUGCUCUUGGUGGUGGGAGUUUUUGUAAGCUUUGCUGUGAUAAGAGCUGGUUAUUUAAGCUUUAUAAUGUUGCAUUUUAGUGCCAUAAAUUGGUUGAUUUCAUCAAUUUUCUGUCAA